AUGGAUGGAGCGGCGAAAAAUGCUGAAAACGUGGCCCAGCGCAUCCUGCCCGACCGACCGCACCGUCUGUCCCUGUCAUAUACCCGUCGCUAUCCCGAGCCCGACGGCUGGUGGUUCACCGGCCUCAGCGCCCCGCUGCAGUACCUGACCAACAUCUCCGACUCGGAACGCGGUAUCCUGUUGACCCGCGCGUCCUUUGAGAUCAUCGAGUCUCCCGAGAAGAACUCUCCGGCUAAGAUGAUCCCCGCCGCAAAGGUCCUCGCCAAGGGCGAGGUCAAGAAGAAGAUGACCCUGUCCGACUACCAAAAUCGGAUCAAGGCUACGUCGCCUGGGUCGAACGAUGCCGCGAAGCUGGGAGAAGCUAAGACGAACGGCGCUGGUGGGGCGAUGAAGCCGCCGCCGCCGCCGCCGCCGCCGCCACCACCGCCAAAGGACGAUAUGAGGGAGAAGAAGGAUGUUGCUAAGAAGGAAGAAGUUAAGAAAGAGGAGGCUAAAGAGGUUAAGAAGGAGGACAAGAAGGAUGAUACCAAGAGGGACGGCAAGGUCGAGAAGGUUGCGCCGCAGCGCCCGGCUGAUGCGCGGUCCGAGAAGCCGCGCCAGGAGACCAACGGCGAGAGCAGAAAGCCGUCGCAGACAACGACCUCAGGGAGCCAUAAGCGCCCCCCCGAUACCGAUAACAACACAACCCCGAAGAAGCGCCCGCGAGAAGAUAAGGAUAUUACUCCGUCGAAGGCCGCACAUCCGUCUGUCAAUGGCCUGGCAGAGAUGAUGGACCGGGAUGUCACGGCAUCACCGAAGUCCACGACGCUGAUCAAUGGGGUAAGACCCCGCUCAGAGAGCAUGAUGUCGGCAGCCGGCAAGAAGCCCAGGCUGCCCGAGCUGCUCUCGCCCUUGCAUCCGUCGCUCUUUGAGGAUGAGCCUGGUAAGCCCGAAAAGCCUAGGAAGACCGCCGCCGACAAGGCGAGCAAGGCCGAUAAUCCCAAGACCGAAGGGCCGUCGUCCUCCAAGAAGAAGAAGGUCGUUCUCCCACCGCUGCUCUCGCCCACUCUGCCUCCCGUCGUGGAGGAGGCCCUGAAGGAGAGGAAGCAGACGGCGGGCAAGACCGUUGCGUCGCAGAGUUCAGAGUCGAGUAACACGGCGAGGAAGACGGUCGCUGCGCCGGUUGUUCGCGUCGAGGAUGAGGAUAAGCCUGCCAGGCCCUCUAAGAUUGUUACCUUCAGGUUUAAGAAGAACACGAAGCGCGCCAAAGAGCUGCUCAGCUUGCCUUCUAAGUCGGCAAAGGCUGCUCAGAAGGAGACCUCGGCGAGUACAGAGACAAAAGAGUCCAAGGAGUCCAAGGAAGCUCCGCCCCCGGCCAAGAAGCGUCCGCGUCCGACCGACGAACCCUCCCAGGAGCCAGUCGCCUCCAAGCGGCCUAAGACAGCCCCCACAACCACGGAAUCAUCUACCAUCUCCAAAACCGCCCGCCCCCCAACACCCCUCAAAGCAACCGCCAUGUCGCGCGUCACAUCCAACCAGUCCCAAGCCGGCCACACCCCCGCCGCGACCACCGCAACACCCGCUCCGGAACGCCCGCCAACCCGCUCUGCUGAACCCCCCGACCCCAAAACCCUCGCCGCCAUUGAAGCCUGGCGCGACAAGCACGCCCAUUUCCAGCAGCUAGGGAGUAAGCUCAAGCAUGCUAGGGAUGCACUUUCCAGGGGUGCAUCGCAGUCGCAAACGCAAGGGCAGCUUACGUCGCCGGCGAAUGUACCGGGGGGAGACGACCGGCGCGCGAUGGCACUUCAUCUGGAGAUGGUGUUGGCAUAUAUGGUGGCGUUUAAUGCCCUCAACCAGGGGAGGAUGUUGGAGAGGAAGGUGUGCGACAUCACGGCGUGGGAGUCUUUACUACCCCACUUUGCGGAGUUGCGAUCUAGAGCGGCGGGACACCAUCGCGCGUUGAGGGCAUUGGCGGCGCAGUUGCAUGCGAUCUGUCUCGAGCAGAUAUGUAAUUGUAUGAGCCCGGCGCUGAUACAGCAAGAUAAUAAUGGGGGGGCGAUGGUGGGCAGGUGGGUUAAGCAUAAUCGCAUGAGGGUUGCGGUGUGGCAAGAGGCAAAUGGAUUGUUUGAGCGGGUUGGGAGUGAAGGGGGGAUGAGGGUUGUGAUGGGGCCUUGGACGCAGGUCGAGGAGGGUGUGGGGGUCGCGUUGGGCAUUAUGAGGCGGUGGGCGGAACGGGAGGGGGUUAGGUGGGUGCAGGAGGUUAUUUUGAACCCGAAAGAGAAGGACAAGGAAGGAGAUAGGAUCGAGAGGGAGAAGCCGAGGGAGAGAGAGAGGGACAAGGUGUCGAUGAAGGAGCGUGAGAGGGACCGGGAUAAGGAGAGGGAUCGAGACAGGAUCCGAGAUCGAGAGCGCGAGAGAGAUCGGGAUCGGGAGAGGGAAAGGGACCGGUCCCGGCAGAGGGGCCCGAUGAAUGGGGUUAGGGAUCAUCACAGAUGA